CAUAAGUAACACAGCUAGUCAGCCACACAUCGGUAGUUGUUGGGUAUGAUCAUGAAGCAGCUGCUGCAGGCCAUCAUCAUCUUCAGCGCGUUCGCUACGUCGGCGGCGACCGGGCCGGCCAGCACGGUGGUCGCCGGCAUGGUCUUCUGCGACCAGUGCAAGGACGGCGCGCGGGGGCUCUUCGACUACCCGCUCUACGGCGCCCGCGUGGCCAUCCAGUGCGGCGGCGGCGACACCCCGCUGACGGUGCGCGAGAGCAACACCAACUGGUUCGGCGGCUUCUCCAUCCGCAUGGAGGGCUCGCCGGACAUGAACCGCUGCACCGCCCGCGUCGUCCAGGGCACCGGCCACUGCGGUGCAUCCGGCGCCCCCCCGCGCGAGCUCACCCUCGCCUUCCGCAUGCUCGGCCUCGCGCUCUACACCGUGCCGCCGCUGCUCUCGCAGCCGGAGGAGGCCAUGGACUUCUGCCCCGGCUACGACACCCGGCGCAGGUCACCGCGCUGGCCUGUUGUUGCCCCGGCGCCCUCAUCGCAGCCGCAGUCACCGCCGGCACCAGCUUCUCCCUUCUGGCGUCGCCGCCUGCCGCCCAUCUGGCGCAAGCCGCCAACGAUGCCACAGGACCAGCCGCAGCCGCCACCGCAGGUGCUGCCGCCGCCUCCGCCUCCGUCUCCUCCGGCGCCAGCGCAGGGCUCGGCAUGCACCUACGACCAGUGGGCCUCGCCGGAUCACCGGUGCUACUGGAAGGUGGUGACCCCCAACACGACGGUGGCCAUGGCGUUCGGCCCCCUGGCGGCGCAGCGCUACGGGUCGGAGCUGACGCUGCGGGACGCGCUGGAGGGCCGCGGUGACAUGUACCGGACGCUGCUCCGGGAGGCCACGGCGGCGCUGCUCAACGCCUACUACAACGCACCCGGCGGGCCCUUCCUGUACCCGACCACCGCCAGCGUCAUCGACCACAUGAACGGCGCGCUGCUCAGCUCCGCGCAGAGGGUCCUCAUCGAGGGCGCGCGCUUCCGCAGGGCCAACGCCGGCGGUGGAGGACCGGCCGGACGGACAAGGCUGCCGUGCGACUUGGCGCCCUGCGCAGCGCAGCCUCCCCGCUAGCUAUCUCCUUGCUACCAGUUGAUGGUGUCCAAGAUCCACACAUACAUACUCAUUCAUUACCGUACCACCACCAAUGCAAUGCAUGCAUAGGACCAACCAACCAAAGCGAUACAAUUACUACUUGUAUGCACUGACUGACUUGUUGCUCUUGUCCGGUCAUUAAUAUAUUUGAAAAGGUUACAGCA